UUCUCUCCACGCCUCCCCCUCCCGCGUCUUUGCCGUCUGCUUUGGGGCCUAUAAAAGGAGCGGCCGGCUGGGGUUUCCUUUCUCAGUCCGCAGUAGAGCCGAGUGGCUCAGGAGAGAGAGAACCACGGCCGACGACGACGACGGCUAACUCAAUUGUGGGUUUUGGGCCUUGACUGACUCGCCCGCCUCGCCGCUCCUCAGCGAGCGACGGCUGCCGCUGCUGCUGCAGAAACAGCAUCAUCCCUCACGGGGGCUCGACCCGGCCUCGGCCGCCGCCGCCGGCCAGAGUCGCUUGGACUCCCUCAGGGCCGCGUGAGGGGCCCUUCUGGUCUUCGCAGCAGCGCCCCCCCCUUCCCCCGACGACGCCAUGAGCUCGGGGACGCCGUACAUCGGGAGCAAGAUCAGCCUCAUCUCCAAGGCGCAGAUCCGCUACGAGGGCAUCCUCUAUACCAUCGACACCGACAACUCCACCGUCGCGCUCGCCAAGGUGCGCUCAUUUGGAACUGAAGAUCGUCCCACAGACCGCCCUGCACCUCCAAGGGAAGAGGUCUAUGAAUAUAUCAUCUUCCGAGGCAGUGACAUUAAAGAUAUUACUGUAUGUGAGCCUCCAAAGGCACAGCAUAAUCUGCCCCAGGAUCCUGCUAUUGUCCAAUCUUCCCUGAGCUCGGCUCCAGCAUCCUCCUUUCAGCCACAUGUGCCGUACAGCCCCUUCAGAGGUAUGCCACCCUACAGCCAGCUUGCCGCCAGCUCUUUAAUUGGCCAGCAGUAUGCAGCUUCCCUUGGUUUAGAGAAACUGGUAAGCCCUCCAGCAUCCGCAGCUGCUUCCAGUCCUAGCACUUCUUCAUCUCCUCAGCCAGUUUCAGAGCCUGACUUGUCAUCAGAGCCACAUCUGCUGUCUUCUAAGGGCGCUGCUUUCCCAUCAGUUCAUUCAGUGCGCAAAAGUCCUAUGGUGGAACAAGCUGUUCAGACGGGUCCCAUUGACAACAACUUGAAUCCCAAAAAGCUUCCUCCGAUCAAAUCCACUCCGGUGAUCCAGCGCAACACACGUCAUAUUCAACAAAAUAACAAGACAAGUGAUACAGUUGAGCCAGCACCUGUACAAACGCAAGGGCAGGUGAAUGAUGAGAAUAGAAGGCCCCAAAGGAGGAGAUCAGGAAAUAGGAGAACUAGGAAUCGUUCCAGAGGGCAAAAUCGGCCAGCCACUGUUAAAGAGAAUACAAUAAAGUUUGAAGGUGACUUUGAUUUUGAAAGUGCAAAUGCACAGUUCAACCGAGAGGAGCUGGAUAAAGAAUUCAAAAAGAAACUUAACUUUAAAGAUGAUAAAGUUGAGACAGGAGAAGAAAAGGGGGAGCCUGCUGUGACUGCCGAGAACUGUGACGGCAAUGCAGAUGAAGACCUCCUGGGGCCCAACUGCUAUUAUGAUAAAACAAAGUCCUUCUUUGACAACAUCUCAUCAGAACUGAAGUCCAGUUCCAGGCGUACAACGUGGGCUGAGGAACGGAAGCUCAACACAGAGACAUUUGGUGUAUCUGGACGGUUUCUCCGUGGCCGCAGCUUUCGUGGGGGAUUUCGUGGCGGAAGGGGGUCUGGAGCUGUGCGGCGAAGUCAGGGCACUCCUAGAGUGGGCACUGGCAGAGUGUGAACAUUGCAGGUUCUCAAGCAGAUUGCUAUGGAGACGUGUAUAUAGGAAGGAGGGAACUAUCAAAACUGCUGCACUUAAACUUGGGUGAAUGGAGCAUUAUAUUCACGAGCUUAAACUCCAGUGGCACGAUUGCUUGUGUUUCAAAGCAGGAUUGGAGUACUGGAGUAACUUCAAAAGGAACGUGCUGAAAAACCACCUCUUCAAGGAGUUUUUAUUUUUAUUUUAUUUUUAAAGUAGUGCAAGGACCUUGUGCUGCUUCAAGGUUCCGAAGGCUGCUGUAGCCGAACACAUAGGACACUCAUUCUGUUUCCCUGAAGGAGACGACACAAUUCUAAAUUCUUCAAAAAUGAACCAAAGGUCAUUUGAAACCAGCAAUCUUUCUUAACCUGAGAAGCCAAGAUUCUUCUGGUCUCCUUCCUGUUCUGUCUUUUCACCCCCACCCCUGGUUCAAGCAUAUUGUUUCGAUGUCUAGAAAGAAGUUCUAGUGCAAAAAGUUGUGUGUAAUGUGAUGGGAAUUGUUGCUGAUCAUGUAUCUGUAAUUCUGGGUUCACCACUUCAGACUUUUUUUUCCCCUGGGGACCUGUACAGCAGAUUCACUUGGAGUGCUGGUCACCCCUCCAAAAGGAACACUAUGCAUCUAAACUGGCCAAUGAUAAGUGCCAUUGUCCAGCUUUCUAAUGAUACGAUGCCCUUUUGCAGCACUGCACUGUAUAUAUGGGGAGAACUAAAGAUUAUGUGAUGCUCUUUUCAGCAAUUCUUAGGGAGAGUGAGGUUUUAUUCCCUCUGAUGGAAAGGGGAAAGUCUAGGCUUCUGGCUUCAAGUCCUUCUCUUUGGGAAAGAGCAGUGUGUGCUUUGUAUGCUUGGAACCGCAGUAGGACAUUGAAUCCACAAAAUGGGGAAGGGAAGCCCAAACAAAGCUUGGGGAACCAGCAUGUUCAGUUCCUUCUAAUCUUACCUCCCCAAGCUCUAUAAAUAGUUUAGUCUCCUCCCCCCUCCCCCAUUUUUAAAAUGGUUGGGGGUUGAUGAAAGGUUGGUGUGCAGUGAUUAUAAACUUUUGCAUGAAAGUGGGUUAAGCCUUUAGUAAUAGGCACGUGUCCCUUUUGUUAGCUAUAGGAAUGUUUUCGUUGAAAGGCCUCUGUAGUGGAUGCCAUUUCUCUCCUGCCCUUUCCCACCCCCCUUCACGGCUAGCAUUUUGGGUUCCUCCCCUAGGUCAUGCAUUGAUUUAAGUUGCUGUAAAAGCUUUAGUUUGUUUUGUAGGCCUCCAUCACGAAGGAUUACACAUCGUGGCGAGGCUGCUUUAUGGAGUCAUGUAAAUUGUAAUUAUAAAUAAACAUGUAAAUGUUUGACCCUUCUCAACUUGUUCUGUUGGCUAGCCGUUUUCUGCAAGUAAUCUUAUUGGAUCCAAAAUAAAUGGAAACAAAGGAAGUGAGUGACAA